AUGGCCGUGCCUACAGCCAAUUCAACUGCCAAAUUUUGUCGCCAAUUGUUUCAAGAUGCUGCACCACGAGUUAUGGUGCAACAAGCACUGGAUCAGGUUAUUCGUGCUGAUCAGGAGCGUUUUCGUGCCAAGUGGAAUUUUGAUGUGGCCAAGGGUUCUUCCACUGCGUGGAGAAUUGUACAUGAACCAAAAGCUGCUUUCUACACAAAAGCACCACGUCGGCUAAAGGCUCGUAGACGGUUAAACCAAACGGUGCUAGAGAGACUUCAAGGUGAGAUAUCAACGCCUAAUGGAGGGCUGCUUUCGGACGCCUCCCUGAUUGGAAACUUGGUUUUUGAUUUCUCCGGACCGCCAGUGAAAAAGAAAAUAAGGAGUGAUCUUAUCCCUUCUUCUGAAGCUGACCCUCCGCCUGUAUCCUUAGCCACAGCCCCUUGUGAAUGUUCAACCUCUUCUAUUCCACCAACUCAUCCAAUUUCCCCUACUGCUGAUCCCAUCUUCAAGUUGCCCUCGCCUAUUUUAAAAUUGCUAAAACGGAAAUCGCAUCCUAGGAUGACGGAUUACUUCGCUGUGCACAAACGGGCCAAGGCGUUAAAAAAAUAG